AUGGCCCCAAACGCAAACAUACCCAUCAUUGACGUCUCAAAGGCCGUUGACGAGGCGGAUGUGGCCCGCCAAGUCGUUGAUGCAGCUGCCGAGCAUGGCUUCAUCUAUAUCAAGAACACUGGUGAUUUUAUAGGCUUGUCUGAUAUCGACGGUGCUUUUGAUCUUUCACGCAAGCUUUUCAAGGCUCCUAUCGACGAAAAGGCCGCCUGUUCUAUCCAGACCAACAACCGUGGCUGGUCGGGUAUGCAUUCGGAAACUCUUGACCCCAAGACGCAAAAGGAACCCUCGCCAGAGCUUUCAACUUUGGAGAGUUUGCCGAUGGCAAAGCCCAGCAACCCCUCCCCGCCACCAUUCAACCAGACGAGCCCCAAGUCAAUGGCUUCCGCGAACAGUGCCACUCGCUCUGCCUCCGCCUUCUCUACCUACUCGGCCUUGGUCUCGAUGUCUCGCCCCCCGACUUCUUCUCCAGCGCCCACCUUCCCUCCCGUGGUCCCUCCGGCACCAUCCUUCGCCUCCUGUACUACCCAGCCACUUCCGCCUCCAACGCCGCCCCCGACGCAGUUCGCGCGGGCGCCCCACUCGGACUACGGUUCCAUCACCCUGCUCUUCCGUCUCGAGGGUCAGGCCGGCCUCGAGAUCCUCACGCGCGAGAACGCCUGGGCUCCCGUCCCCGUUCGGCCCCCCGGUACCGAGGACGACGCCCUCCCACCCAUCCUCGUCAACAUUGGCGAUCUGCUGAGCUACUGGACAAACGGAUUGUUCCGGAGCACCGUCCAUCGCGUCGUCUUUUCUGGUGACGCUGCGCCCGUGGAAGGCGAGUCCGACACAGGGCCGAGGUAUUCCAUUGCCUUCUUCUGCCACCCUGUAGGUGCGACGGCAUUGGAGCCAGUGCCCAGUGACCGAGUGAAGAAUUUUAAGCCCGAAGCUGGAACGCCGAACGCAAACCCAUAUGCCGAGAGAAAAGUGGUGACGGCCGAUGAACACCUGCACAUGCGACUGAAGGAAAGCUACAAGGACCUGUAUAAGGAGGAGGAGCUGGCCAAGGCAUAA